GUGCCUUGGAGAGAGAUGUCAUUUUACACAGAUUCAAGGAUUGGUUACAAUUGAAGUACAAAGAUAUUAGUAUUGUACAUACCUACAUAGGAACACAAGUGCACAGUGAAAACCCCAUGCUGUGUGGGGAAGAUGUUAUAGUUCUAGUUAUUGACGACGUAAAUAUAAUUCAACAUGACACAUUCAAGGAUUCUGUGAAAAAUUUUCGUAUUGUAUGCAGACUUUGGCGAAAUCGAUCAUCUGAGAGCGUUGUCGAUUCUAAUCGUGACAACAAUUGGAAAAUUCCAGAACAAAUGCAAUUGAAACUUGAAGAAUGCUUAAAAGGAAAGUCGUACACUCUUUUUAAGAAACACUCUAACCUGGAAAUCAUAAGCGUAUCAGCAUUCCGUUCAAAAAAACACGGAAAAGAACUUGUGUUUGAUCCCUGCAUUGUCCUGUACUGCUCAUGCAAAGGAGUUGUACCAUACUCUGAAGAAGAAUUCCCAAAGGAAAUCGAUGGAAUAAAAAUAGAUGUGAGAGAGGGAUUCUUUUACUUGUUUCCAAACAAUCAUUUCUUCAAAAGAUCAACAGAUCUACUUAAUCCAUUAAUGCUUGGUGCAAACAUAGGGCAACAAGGUGAAAAAAAAGAAGGCACUUUAGGAGGAUUUGUCACACUCAGCAAUGGAAAAAUAGGAGCUAUUACUUGUUCGCAUAUUUUCUUUGACGUUAACAGUAACAGUCCAUCCAUAACGACAUUCGAUGUGGUUCAACCGUCAUUCGGCUACAAAUACACAAAUGAAAUUUGUGGUCAACAUGAAAAGUAUGUGUUACCAUCCAACACAGCACAAGAUGUCACAAUCGAUGCAUCUCUUAUUAGGCUGACAGAUCGGAUUCCACAAAGAGGAAUGUUUGCAGAUCUGAAGGCAAAGGAUUUAACAGAAUUCGGUUUUAAGAUCGAGAAACUACCAGAGUACUCUAACGGAGCCACCCGAGAUUAUUGCAAAGAACAGAGGAAUAGGAUGAAUGCGUGUAUAAAGUGUGGGGCUGGAAGUGGGUUAUCUAGAGGGUUUUUGCACUUGAAUGGAUUUGCAGCCAGAUGUCGUGACACCACAUUCUCUCUGACAAAUCCUCCAUCGCAGGAACAGUGUACUUAUCUGUCACAAUUAGAAAUAGUUGGGACGCUACAGAAAGCCUUCGCUGAUUUUGGAGAUUCCGGAGCGCUUGUUUUCCAGGUCGAUCCACCAUCCACUGAAGACGGGGACGAUCAGCUUUUCUGCAUUGGGAUGAUUGUUGGUGGAACCUCUUAUUGCACCACUGUUGUCACUCCUAUAGAGCCCGUACUUAAAGCUCUCAAUGUCAAAAUGCAUGUCUUUCCUCAAGAACACAUGGAUGAAUCUUAACAACUUGUUAGUGUGUUGUUUAUUGAAUAUUUUGACUUCUUCCUUGAUUAUGUUGAAAUGAAUGUGAAAUAAAUGUUAGUAUUAUUUUUAGUUAAUUUGAAAUCAGCAAACGUUUCCCAAAUCAGUAACCUCAAAAAGUACGAAUUUUCAACACUUCAUAUCGACAUUCCUUACGAUAAAUCAAAGACUAUGCUUUUUGACAUUACCGAAAUUGAGCUAGUUUCUCCCCAAUAUUAUAGAUAGCUGCUUA